AUGACGAUGGUGGACAGCAAGAUCUCCAAGGUGGCGAAAAGGAAGGCUGUCGAGUCUAAUGCCACGAAUAAAAGCUUGCAAUUCAAAAAAGUUAGGGCGAUCGUGCCAGAUAUAGAGCCUGAAAACGUCAAAAAAAUCGAGCAUGUUGAAGAAACUUAUGCUGAGGAGGAACAAGAAUCUCCCACCACCACUGCCAACAAAAAUUCAUACGACGCGCACUUUGGAGAAGACAUUCAAGGCUUACAAGACGCUAUAUCUCAGGUUCAAGCUCGAAAAUACACUACGCUCAACUCAGAGCAUCCAAUACUACAGCACAUAUCAACUUCAACUGUCUUGCCAGUGACGGAUACUUCUACUUGGACGACAUUGUCUGACUUCUCGGUGAAACAACGUCUUCACCAACCAUGGCUCAAGCUGAACUCUUCAGCAAUGACAGAAACACAACAAGCAAUGUACAGACAGUAUUGUCACUAUGGAGACUUUAUGUUUACUGAUGCCAACCACAAGAAUCGAGUCGAGUAUCGCAACCUCUAUUGUUUACAUGCUUUGAAUCAUAUUUGCAUAACAAGAGACAGAAUUCUCAAGAAUAACGCUAGAGCUGAUACUCAAACUGAUCUACGAGACCAAGGAUUCACCCGCCCCAAAAUCCUCAUCCUCGUCCCAUUCCGCAACUCUGCAUACAAGAUCAUCCACACUCUGAUCUCACUCGUCGGUGAAUCUCAAAAGGAAAAUAUGAAGAGAUUCGUGGACGAGUAUGGGCCGUCCAAGGAUGUGCCUGAACGUAAAGCUAGCAAGCCUGAUGACUUUAUAGCAACCUUCGAAGGAAACGUAGACGAUUGCUUCCGUAUUGGGAUCAAAUUGAAUCGUAAAUCCGUUAAGUUGUUUGCACCUAUGUAUGGAUCGGAUGUGAUUGUUGCGUCGCCGUUGGGGAUGAGGUUGCCUUAUGGAGAUGACCAGGACGACGCCAUUGAUUUUUUAUCAUCAAUCGAAAUAACAAUUAUGGAUGAGACGGAUGUCUUCUUGAUGCAGAAUUGGGAUCAUGUUGUGAACGUGUUUGAGAACCUCAACAAACUGCCAAAGAAGGCACAUGAUUGUGAUUUCUCUCGUGUCAAGCAAUGGUAUCUUGACGACAAGGCAAAGUAUCUUCGACAAACACUUUGCUUUACGAGUUUCGUGACUCCUGAAAUUAAUUCCUUGUUUAACUCUCUGACAAAUAUUGGUGGAAGAUGUCGAACAAGAACUGUUUCUCAUGGCAUCACGAAUCAAGUGGUUCUACAAACUCCACAGGUGUUUUUGAGAAUACCGUCCUCGAGCAUUUCGGAAGUGGAUGAUGCUAGAUUUAAUUACUUUGUUACUAAUAUUCUCCCAUCCAUUCAUCGCAACACACACCCACAAACAUUGAUUAUGAUACCGUCCUACUUUGAUUUCGUGAGAUUACGAAAUCACCUAUCAUCAGUUUCAGUCGAGUUUGCUGGAUUGAGCGAGUACACGUCGAAAUCCAAGGUAUCGCGCGAUCGUGCUCUAUUCUUCCAAGGGCGCCUCAAGGUCAUGUUAUACACUGAACGUAUCCACUACUUCCAUCGAUACAAUCUCAAAGGCAUCCAAAACAUUGUCUUUUACUCCCUCCCUGACCAUGCCGAACAUUACGUCGAGCUGCUAAACAUGAUGGAAAAAAAAGGUGGCACUGUUUCGAUUCUGUUUUCGAAAUACGAUGUGCUAAAGCUGGAACGUAUUGUUGGAGGUGCGGUUACGCAGAACAUAUUACAUAAUCCUGUUGAUAAGUAUUUGCUUGAGACGUAG